AUGGCUAGAUGGCAGAUUCUGCUUUCUGAAUUUGACAUAGUAUAUGUAAGUCAAAAGGCCAUAAAGGGAAGUGCAAUAGCUGAUUUUCUAGCCAGUAGAGCCUUGGAGGACUAUGAGUGUUUGAACUUCGAUUUUCCAAAUGAGGAUUUGAUGUAUGUGGCAAACACUGAAGAAAAUCCCCAAAUUGGUCACAUAUGGAAGCUAAAUUUUAAUGGAACUUCAAAUGUUAUGGAAUAUGAAGCAUGUAUUAUGGGCAUUCGUGCAGCUAUUGAACAUAAAAUCAAAGUGCUAAAAGUAUAUGGGGAUUCCGCAUUGUUUGACGACAUUUCUUUCUGUUACCUCCCACGAGACGAAAAGCAGAUGGCUGAUGCGUUAGUUACUCUAGCUUCGAUGAUUCAAGUGAACAGGUUAGAGGUCAUGAAGCCUAUUCAGAUGAGCAUCUAUGAGACUCCGGCUCAUUGUUACAGUAUUGAGGAGGAGGGAAAGGAUGAUCAUCCUUGGUAUCAGAGUAUCCUAUAA